AUGUUGACAAAAACCCCCCCUCCCCCUGAAAGGCAACAGCUGACCGACGAUGUGGUUAAUCGCAUCUCGAGUGAUAAGUCUACAGCCGAAUGCGCCUCCUAUUUCGCGUUCGGGGACAGUCCCGUCUCCAACGCGAACAACCGCAGCGCAGCUGCACCUUGCAAGUCCUACCCUGGCGACUCGGACUGGCCAUCCGAUGCUGUGUGGGAUGUAUUCGACCAUCUUCUCGGCAAGGCCCUGAUCCCGACCAGACCUUUGGGUGCUCCUUGUUACGACUCCGGAUGGGGUGAGAAAGACGAGACCGAGUGCGCCAACAUCAUCGAGAACUCCACCAACGCCGACUUCCUCAGCGCCGAUCCUACCGCCAACUACUGGCCCAUCUUCGAAGGCCGCACCUGUCAGCCCAAUAAUGAUACUUCCGGAUCGCAAUGCACCAUCGGCGGCUAUCCAGAGUAUGCGGUCAGGGUCACCAACGUUGCGCAAGUGCAGCUCGCUGUCAACUUGGCGCGUGCCGCUAAUUUGCGCCUGGUCAUCAAGAAUACCGGGCACUGCUACCUUGGGAAGUCUCUGGGAGCAGGUGCUCUGGGCUUGUGGAUGCACAAUAUGAAGGAUGUCGACUUCUUGCCCGACUACAAGGGCCCCGGAUACUCUGGUCCGGCGUUGAAGUUGGCUGCGGGAGUGAGUGUGAGAGAAGUGUAUGAGGCUGCAGAAAAGCAUGGCGUUACGGUCCUGGGAGCCGUCUCUUGGAGUGUGGGAUAUGCCGGUGGCAUGAUCACAGGCGGAGGCCAGAAUCCGCUCGCUGGCAUAUUUGGCAUGGCUGCUGACCACGUCGUCGCUUUCCAAGUUGUGACUGCCGACGGACGUCUGCAGACUGUUUCCGAGGCUGAGAACCCUGACUUGUUCUGGGCUCUCCGUGGCGGAGGCGGCGGUACAUUCGGUGUAAUCGCGUCGGUCAUCAUCCGCGCACACCCCAAGAUGAACGUGGUCACCGCAAAGUGGACGCUCGAUACUUCUAACAACGACGUCGACCAGUUUUGGAAGGGCGUCAGGAAAUUCUAUGACGAGUUCCUCAACUGGACCGACGCUGGUCUUUACUCAUUCUACAUCAUGUGGCCAACUCCACAGCUCAGCAUGAACUACAUGUUUGCGCCAAACCAUACUCUAGAAUCAUAUAACAAGGUCGUUGCCCCCUUCUUCGAAUACUUGGAGGCGGGAAAUAUCUCGCUAUCAGUAUCGCACCAAGCCACACCACACCCGUCUUUCUAUUCGGCGUAUCAGGCGACCUGGGGCGCAAAUAGUUUCCCCAUCGGCGUCGACACUUCUCUCCCCGCAAAUCGCCUCGUGUCCCGCCGCAACUUCGUUGAGAAACACGAGGAGACGUACGCCCUGAUCAAGGCGCACGUUUCCGCUGGCAAGCACUUCCUGGGCUACCACAACGCACCCAGCAACGCGGGCCCGGCCACGGCAAACCGGGACAGUGCCGUGAACCCCGUCUUCCGAGAACUGGUCUUCUUCCUCGUCACCUCCUCAAACCGCUCGGCUGAUCACUCGACCCCGGCGGCUUUGGCUUCCCAGAACAAGUACCUUCAGGAGGAGGUCCUCCAGCCGUGGCGCGAACUUGCCCCGGUCUCUGAGGGUGGCGGGGCGUACCUCAAUGAGGCCAGUGUUGAGGAGGCAGACUGGCAGGAGAGUUUCUAUGGAGGGCACUACCCCAGGCUGAGCGAAAUCAAGCGCAAGUGGGAUCCCAACGAUGUCUUUUAUGCCGUGACUGCUGUGGGUAGUGAGAGGUGGACGGUGCAGGACGGAGAUCAGGGUGUACAGACGCAGAAUGGAAGGCUCUGCCGUGUCUAG